AUGGCGAUACCUGAGGCGGGCGGACUCUUUGGCGUGGAGGAGGGCGUGAAUGAUGACAAGAUCCAUGAGGAGGAGGCGCUGGAUUCAAGAGAUGAGCGCUUUCGGCUUUCGCAAGAACAGAAUGUCGUGGAGGAGGAGCAGCGACCCCUGCCAGCAGAAGAGGAGUUGUUGCAGCAGCAGCAGCGGCAGCGGCAAGUGGCCGAGGAAGCAGCACCUCACAGUGAGCUGUCUGCGCGUCGAGAGAAGAAGAAGAAGGACAAGAGCGAGAAUAAGCACAAGCACAAGCACAAGCACAAGCAUAAGCAUAAGCACAGAGAGCAACGCAAAGGAGGGGGCAGCAACAGCGGCGGAGGAGAUGGAGGCGAUGCAGAAGAUGAAACUCUCGGAGGCUUCAUAGAGAGGGAUGAAGAAGCCGCCAUUCACGAAGACCCCGACGACAUUGUGCCAGUAGAGGGAGGAAUAGAAAGUGAUGUGCACGAGCGAAGUCUUGAGGCAGGAGAGCCGGCUACUGCCAAAUUGCAGAUGCUGGACUCGGUGUGCACAGAGCUCGUCAAGCCAAAGUGGAGGCACUGGUUCGUUUCCGAAGGAUGUUGUCAGGUGCUCGCAGGCUGGCUGGCUCCCUUCAGGGAUGACACACUCCCCAACUUCUCCCUGCGGAGGCGUCUGCUAGAAGUCUUGGGGCACUUGCCAAUCACAGCUCAGGAUCUUGCAAGCAACGAUCUUGGCAAAGUACUGGUCCUUUUGUGGCAGCACGAUGAUGAGACGGAAUCCAACCGACAACUUAUUAGGGGCCUUAUCCAGAAAUGGAUGCGACCGGUCUUAGGGCUUGGCUCGAGCCAUCGGCAGCUCUUGUUUGAGCGGGAGAGGGCCUUCGAGGCGAACGACUCGGAUUUGCAGCAGAAGCUCGUAAAGGCGGCCCAGGCGGCUCGGCAGUUGUCAGAAAAGGCAGAAGCGGAAAGAGCGACUGAGCAAACGGCAGAGAAGAGGCGGCGCACAGCCAGAGUGCCUGUAAAUAGAGGUCACAACUUUAUUAUUCAGCCGAGAUCUCAGGUCGAAUUCAACGAGGAGGAAGGCAAGCAGCAACAGGUUUCUCAGCAACUCAACAGAUCUCUGCGGAUCGCUUCUCGGGCUCCCCGCCGUCCUACAAAAGCAGCAAAGGUUUCAAUCGAAGGGCGGGAUUUGUAG